AUGACCAUUCACACCGUAUCCUCUCGUGAUGAGUUCCAGGCCGCGAUUGCAGAGAAAGAGAUCGUUGUAGUGGACGCAUUCGCAGAGUGGUGUGGCCCAUGCAAGGCUCUCGUGCCCAAGCUUACAGAGUUGUCGGAGAAACAUCAAAACAUCCAUUUUGUCAAGCUCGAUAUUGACGUUCUUCCCGACGUCGCUAAGGACCUCGGUGUUAAAGUUGUGCCUAGCUUUUACUUCUACAAGAAUGGCGUGGAGGAGUCUCACCUAGCCGGACCAGCACCUGGUAUACUAUUCAAAACCAUAGAGCAGUUGGCAGAGCCGCAGAACUAG